AUGACUAUUACCUACACUGACCUGGCAUAUUUUGACGACCUGCUGGUCGACUGCCUGAUCGAUCGGUUGUUCUAUUGGGGGACCAUUCGGAAAGUCCGAGAAUAUAAACCGAUCCGAGGUAUUCCCGAAAAUGAGAUUUUGCAUAUCAUCCAACAAGAACUGAUAAAACCAGAAAAACCCGUCGUUGCGAAUGCAGUAAACCGGCUGGUUAGUUUACGGGCCAUACAAAGUUUUCUGUCUCGGUUUCAAGACCCCUCGGUAAGAAAUGAGUUUGACAAGCAUGCUAAACGGUACCUACAAAUCUAUUUAAAAGACUGUGCAUUUAAUAUCGAAGUUACGGAUCGAUAUAAAGUGAGGACUAAUAAGUCAGAAGCCUGUGUAGUAGCCAGGAGGCCAUAUGAACAAGGUGAGGAUAUUCGUUAUUUAAGUGGAUUUCUGGUACAACUGACUGAUGAAGAGGAAGACGAGCUUAAUCAAAGUAAUGAUAAAGACUUUUCAAUUAUUAAUUCCAGUCGAAGAGGUCGGAACUGCCUCAUGCUGGGUCCUGCCAGGUUUGUCAACCACGACUGUGAACCAAAUGCUCGGUUUGUAUCUGCUGGCAUGAACAUGUCUUUACAUGCUAAACGACACAUUUCUAUUGGUGAAGAGAUUACUGUAGGGUACGCGGAGAAUUAUUUUGGUAAAAACAAUAAGGAAUGUCUAUGUGCGACUUGUGAGGGUCUUGAGAGAAAUGGUUGGAAGUGCCAGAAGGAGGAGGAUGUCGACUCGGAACCUGAAGUCGACACAGACACCGAGGUUCAUACAGAACCUGAGGUUCCCACGGAAUCAGAAGUUCAUAGGGAAUCUGAGGUUCAUAUGGAGUCUGAAGUUCAUAUGGAAUCCGACGUUCACAUGGAAUCCGAUGUACAUACACAAUCCGAGGUGCAUACUGAGGGAGAGGCCAGCACCAUCAUAAAGACAUACUAUGAGACCAUCGAUUCAACUAGUGACAGUGACUCUAGUGACGGCAAGGACGAGGACGAGGACGAGGACGAUGAUGAUGAUAUUCUAGUGACAUCCAGCUCUGUGAAUGGCGUGCUCAAUGCAGAAUCCAGUGCAAAGUCGAUUGAACAAAAUACCGGCACCAGCACAGUCACUAGCACAGUCACUAGCACAGUCACUAGCACAGUUUCUAGUACAAAUACCAGCACAAACACUCGUAAGCUCACCAGUCAAAUCAGGGAACUGCAUUCUGAGUCAACAUCAGCAAUUGCAUCAAGCUCUAUAUCGACCGUGACUUCAAAUGAACCAAAUACAAACCACGAUCCUCUGAAACUAAAGAUCAAUCUGACCUCUUCCAGUACCCGGGGUUACAAAAGACAGUCGCUGACAUUACCCAAUCCCAAGUCGUUUUCACGAAAUACGACAAGCUCGUCACCCUCACUAUCUCCAUCUCCUACAUUAUUCUCACCUCAACGGUCGAGUACACCCUUGUCACAUACCAGUAUCGAGCCAGAAGCGAGUUCCGAAAGCGAAGAUAGCACCCCGACACCAGAAACCGCGGCAAAGAGAGCAUUAAGACCACGCAAGUCCAUGACGUUCAACUUCAGUCUUCGCGGCAAAACUACUACAGUGUCCAAAAACGCACUCUUCGAGGAAUGUCAGACGCAUCAGAAGAAAUUCUACAUGGAACCGUUUAAAGAAGAAAACAAACAGUCUGUUCUCAAAUGUCACAACUGUAAAACACCGUUUAUGCGACCCAAAGAAGAAAAACUGGUACUUCGCAAUCUCAUUAGAAACUACUGUCCCAGAUGUCAUCGACAUUGUAUACUAUACAAUGCAUUCUGGCCCAGUAUGAAGGAACAAGAAGAUAAAAUCGAAGUAUAUCGCAGUCCUUUUGACCAUUCACACGACGACCUUGACUCUACUGACGACGACAAUGAUAAUGACAACAGUCAGAACAGCAGUGAUAAUGACGACGAUGGCGAUGAAAAGAAACUUGUUUUUCAACGAGGUCGACGACGAAGACAACUCGCACCAGCAGUUUCGGACGAAAUCAAACCGCCUGCUCCUCGCAGAGUAUCAGUUUGGCUUGCAAAACGGCAAAAAGAAGACUCGGCCAAAUCAUCAACCAAAACCAAAACCAAAACAAAUUCCUCUACCAUCCCCCAAAAACGGACUAUAAACAGGAAACCGCGAACCAAAAGAGCCAAAAAACUCAAACACGAGCACAAACCCACGCGAACCUCGUCCCGUAUCAAACUCCAACGCAUCGAGCAAGAUCUCCCCCACACCCCCCGCCGCCGUCUCGCCUCACGCAAGCUCCUGGACUCAAUGUAA